AUCUGUGCUGGGGCUGUAAUGCUGCUGAGAAGAACGCAUCAUCAACCUGCAAGGAGUGUCUGCUUCUUCCCUGCUGCAAGACUCCCCGGUCUCCCCCGCAACAAGCGACCCCUGCAGCUGCCCACCUGCCGGCACCCCGCAUGUAGUGAUAAUGUAUGAUUGGAUAAGAGGAAGAUGUGAUGCGAUCAAGUAGAAUUGACACAAGAUGAAAUUCACUGACAGUUGAGAAACCAAGGAUCAAGUCACUUGUCUGAGGCCUAAAAAAUAGUGAGAGUGCCCUCCUCAUGCCGAAAUGACGACAAGACAACGCAGUCCUCGCCAUGCGGCCAGGCCUCAUUCUACCAUCGAUGUCUCCUCUGAAAUGUUAGGGCUGUCACUGGCAGGAAAUUUCCAAGAUCCAGAUGAACCAAUUUUGGAGUUUAGCUUGGCAUGCAGCGAGCUUACUACUCCAUCCCUUGAGCGGAAACCAAAUAGUUUUGUUGCUGUUAGUGUCACAACCCCUCCUCAGGCUUUCUGGACCAAGCACGCUCAGACAGAAAUCAUAGAGGGGACAAGUAACCCUAUAUUCCUUAGCAGCAUUGCCUUCUUCCAGGACUCUCUUAUAAAUCAGAAGACCCAGAUUAAGCUGUCUGUGUAUGAUGUCAAAGACAAAUCUCAGGGAACUAUGUAUUUGCUGGGCUCGGGAAAGUUUAUAGUGGAAGAUUUGCUGCAAGAGAAGACUCACAGGUUACACCUGCCAUUAUGGUCUGCUGAGCAGCAGCGUGUUGGUAAUAUUACAGUAAUAGGCUGGCAAAUGGAGGAUAAAGUUGAUCAGCAAGUGCCCGUGAUCAGAUCCACAGAUACCGUUAAUGGGAGAACUGUAAUUCCUGUUGAUGAAAGCUUAACAGAAUCUUUAGGAAUUCGCUCAAAGUAUGCGUCACUGAGAAAAGAUACACUAUUGAAAUCAGUGUUCGGUGGGGCAAUCUGUCGCAUGUACCGUUUUCCGACGACGGAUGGAAACCACUUACGCAUAUUAGAGCAAAUGGCUGAGAGUAUCCUCUCCUUGCACAUACCAAGGCAAUUUGUAAAACUUCUCCUUGAAGAGGAUGCUGCACGAGUGUGCGAACUUGAAGAAUUGGGGGAGUUGUCUCCAUGCUGGGAAAAUUUGCGCCGACAGAUAGUGACUCAGUAUCAGACGAUCAUUCUAACAUACCAGGAUAAUCUGACUAAUCUUCAUCAGUACAAAGGCGUUUCUUUCAAAGCGAGUAGCUUAAAAGCAGACAAGAAAUUAGAAUUUGUACCUACCAAUUUACACAUUCAGAGAAUGAGAGUUCAAGAUGAAUCCACAUCAGAUCAGAACUAUGACAUAGUAACUAUAGGAGCGCCAGCUGCACAUUGCCAAGGUUUUAAAUCUGGUGGAUUGCGGAAGAUUUUACACAAAUUUGAAGAUGCAAAGAAAAACAGUUUUGAGGAAACUUGCACGACAGCUUGCCCCCAGUCCAUUGUUUACAUACCCCAAGAUAUCAUCCGAGCCAAGGAGAUCAUCGCCCACAUUAAUACCCUGAAGACGCAGGUCAGUUAUUAUGCAGAGAGGCUCUCCAGAGCGGCAAAGGACCGAUCGGCCAAUGGCAUUGAGAGGACACUUGCCAUUUUAGCAGAUAAGACAAGACAGCUUGUCACUGUAUGUGACUGCAAACUGUUAGCCAAUGCAAUACACGGACUCAAUGCUGCUCGGCCAGACUACAUCGCCUCCAAAGCCUCUCCUACAUCAGGAGAUGCCGACCAAGUAGUGCUGAGAAACGACCAGGAUACUCUGAUGGCACGGUGGGCAGGAAGAAACAGUAGGUCAUCUCUGCAGGUGGAUUGGCACGAGGAGGAAUGGGAGAAAGUGUGGUCAAAUGUUGAGAAGAGCCUGGAGUGCAUUAUUCAGAGGGUAGACAAGCUUCUCCAGAAAGAGCGCUUACAUAGUGACAGCUGUGAAGAUGUCUUCCAAUGCGAGAUAAGCUGUACUAGCAAGAAAGGUAAUGAGAGAAGGAGAGCCUACUGGAUAAACCCAGAAGCCUCAGAUGACGAGGCUGUGUUGUCAUCCACAUCAUCUCCAUCAUCUACUGCAUGCCAUCCUUCCCAGUUGACAAAUAGCAGCUCGGGUGCUGAAGAGCCUGGACCAGGCGAGUGGAGCGAGGCCUUGUACCCCUUACUGAGUACACUAACAGACUGUGUUGCCAUGAUGAGUGAUAAAGCAAAGAAAGCCAUGGUCUUUCUGUUAAUGCAGGACAGUGCUCCAACAAUCGCCUUGUGCUUGAGUCUUCAGUACCGCAGAGAUGUUGUCUUCUGUCAAACGUUGACAGCCCUGAUCUGUGGUUUCAUUAUCAAGCUAAGGAAUUGUCUGCAUGAUGACGGUUUCCUGCGCCAGCUAUACACUAUCGGUCUUCUGGCACAGUUUGAAAGUCUUCUCAGUACAUAUGGAGAAGAGCUGGCUAUGCUUGAAGAUAUGAAUUUGGGGAUCUUGGACUUGAGGAAUGUAACUUUCAAAGUCACACAGGCCAUAUCAAGCUCCUCUACUGAUAUGUUGCCAGUAAUAACAGGAAACCGCGAUGGAUUUAAUGUUCGCAUCCCAUUGCCAGGCGCCUUGUUUGAUGCCCUUCCUCGCGAGAUUCAAAGUGGAAUGCUGCUAAGGGUUCAGCCAGUCUUAUUCAAUGUUGGGAUCAAUGAACAGCAGACACUGGCUGAAAAGUUUGGAGAUACAUCGCUGCAGGAACUUAUCAACAAUGAAAGCUUGAUACGACUCAAUUCUUACUAUGAACAGUUCAAAGAAGUCUUACCGGAUGACUGUCUUCCACGGUCUCGCAGUCAAACAUGUCUCCCUGAGCUGCUCAGAUUCCUUGGACAGAAUGUCCAUGCAAGGAAGAACAAAAAUGUUGACAUCCUUUGGCAAGCUGCUGAGAUAUGUAGACGACUUAAUGGGGUUCGAUUUACAAGUUGUAAGAGUGCCAAGGACCGUACUGCCAUGUCAGUGACGCUGGAGCAAUGCUUGAUUCUGCAGCAUGAGCAUGGCAUGGCCCCACAGGUCUUCACACAAGCACUGGAGUGCAUGCGAAGUGAGGGCUGUCGUCGAGAAAACACCAUGAAGAAUGUCGGAUGUCGCAAAUAUGCCUUUAACAGUCUGCAACUGAAAGCUUUCCCAAAGCAUUACAGGCCUCCUGAAGGGACCUACGGAAAAGUGGAAACUUAGGUUCUGCAAUUUGGAGUUCCUCUUGCAAUAUCUGUAGAUUUGCAUUAAUUCAUGUGUGUAUAUAUAGAAGAUUAUGUUCUGUAAUGGUUUCUGGAGACACAGUUUAUAUAAGAGCAUGAAGAUCAUCUUGAAUAAUGUGUUGGGUGCACCUCUCAGCAACAAGGCUCUUAUGAGCUGAAAACGUCCUAAGCUUCCUAGGGCAGAAUGAAGAAGCAGUAUACUGUAGUUAUGUCCAUACCACAGAAGGUAUUCCAUGGUUUUACUAUUAUCCCACUCGGUUCUUCUGUAGAAAAAAGAAGUGACUGUUUUGUCAUGUUGGGCUGCAGAUUUCAUAGGCAGAACAGAGUUUUUAUGUGUUCAAGCAGUUGGCUUUAAAUAUUGUAACUGAUUUUGAAAUGUAGGCAGUGACUAUUUUACUAUGUAAUAAGUAAUUCAGUAAUGACAAGGGAUAUAAACCUGUUGCUUAGAACACUGUGUUCAGGAGAAGAGUUUGAGGAAAGUAUGUGUGCUUUGUAUGCACAUAGACUUUCCUUUUGUCUCUUUGGAGCAGUACUAAAAAGUCCCAUAACCACUCAUUAAAUAUAACCUUACAUGUACUUUAGUCAUAUCAACUGACCAGCACAAAUUUGUCAAGAUUUUAGUUUGGUUGGAACACUUUCUCAUGAGUAAAUACAGAUUCACAGACCUCA